UUAUCCUACAGCUGAGAUUCGUUCACCGAUCGUCGGAGGGUGUGUGUGUCUAUGUGAACAAACGUCAACAGAAAAAUAGUGCCUGUAUCAGCCACGAAUACGCAGAUUAUGCCAUCGCGAUGCGGAGUCGUCGCGUCAACCGGUCUCAUCGUUCCUUUCAACUGUGAGCGAAGAACGACGUUUAUCGGCGACUAUUCGCCAGGACUAUCGAAAUGAAGAGUGACAUCCUGACAACAGCCGUCGUCGAAAGCAACGUUUUUUAGGUCUUUUCCGUACGAAAUAGUGCAGCUCGACUCUCGACAGAGAUUUUAGAGAUAUUAAGGACAGAAGUGGGCUUGCAAUUAAAUUAUUACACGUAACAUCUCAUUUAAUUACAUAUAUUUUUUACUUUGAAGAGCAUAAUAUUGAGGCAGUAAACACAAACACCAGAGACAACAAUGAUACAGAUACAAACGAAACUGUCACGAGAGCCGGUUUACAUCGCUGGCGAUGUAAUCGAAUGUGUGAUAUCGUUCAAAAACAUCUCUCAACUAUGUGAAUCUACCGGACCAGAGAUACUCGCUUGGUCGUCAGCACAACUUCAUUGUUAUUGCUCCGUUGACGAAGCAAAGUUAAAGUUGCCCAGCAGCGUGCGCUGUGACCAGUUGGUCACAGGAACAAAAGAAACUUCGUUCGUGCCCAACCAGGGCGAGAAGGGUUUCGUCAUCUAUUCGUCGCAGCCAACAAUCCUCCUUUGUGAUUUGCGCUUGCUCCCAGGAGAUGUGAAGACUUUUGUGUAUAGAGAAAAAUUACCGCCCGGACUCCCACCAUCAUACAAGGGCCAAAUGGUCAAGUACAGCUACAAGAUCUCCAUUGGUACACAAAAGAUCAACGCGGCUAGUAAGCUCUUUAAGAUCCCUCUAAAGGUUUUCUGCAUAGUAGACUUCGCUUAUUCCAACUCGGAGUGCAGUCUUAACCACACGAAACAGAAAUCGUUUGGCGGAGAUAAUAAUAACAAUAGUGGUAGUGGCACAAACAAUAACGGGAACACCAACAACCAGCAAAAUUCUUAUGGCAACAACCCAUUUUUGAGUCCCCUAAUUAGGCCAAGUCUGGCUGAGUGCGCUAUGGAGUAUCUCGAAGACGUGACUGCACCCCGCCAACCAAGCUAUUUCAAUAUCACUCAGGGAAGCGAGCAUGAUGUCGCGCGGUUCUGUCUUCUCAAAUCCAAUUUCCGCUUGGGUGAGGAUAUCGUCGGUACGUUUGAUUUUUCCAAAGGCACAAUUCCAUGCGUGCAGUUUUCGGUGACACUGCAAAGUGUUGAAAGAACUCGUGAUGGCAAGUACACGCAAAUUCUGCCCUACAGUAAAGCUCAUGAAAUUUGCUUAUUCCUCCGGCAAACCCAUGUUGCACUACCAAUCCCUGUGCACGUAGCUCCAUCGUUUGAGACGGAUCUUGUCGAACUGUCGUGGAGGCUGCACUUUGAGUUCGUGAUGACUCCGAACGACCUCAAAACGUUCCCGCCAGACCUUCUUCAACAUGCUGAUGCCAACUGGGAACCGCCAGCCGAACUGGAUGUGCACACUAUGGUCUGGAACCUGCCUGUGAACAUCUUUCCUUCACAUAGUGCCCACAUUGCUGCACGCUUAAAUCUUCAGAGAGAGUUCUAUACAGCCUUGUAAAGUGGCUAUGUAAACCAUUAAAUGUUGCUCAUGUAAAGUCACUAUUAUUAAAUAUACUGGCAGGUAAAUUUACACGAGUUGCUCAAAUUGUCCGGCCUAAAUCCAAGUUCUAAUUCCCAAUCAACGAUUCAUUGUGUAAUUUGUGUGUUUAACGGUAGAAUGAAAAAGCCAGUAUUCGGAUUCUAAGAACGACUGCAGUGUUUAGUUGUGUUAAAUUUCGUAUUAUUGCUUGUAAGUUGUUUACAGCAUUUGUUAACAGAGAGAUUUCUGCGAGUUUUUAAGGACUCUCUUUAUCUAGUGUCUGGAAUCCUGCUUAUUAUUGAAUUUUAGAUGACGUCAAAUUAUAAAUGACAAUCUAGGCUAAACAAAAUGCUUCAAGGAGAUACAGAGGCAGUAUAUUAUGGCAAGAGUUGGAGAUCCGGCAACCUUAAUUGACUUUAGUAGAUCAGUCAAGCUGACAAUCGCUUGGCCUUUUCGUCUACAUGUUGAUGUAUAUAACGAGAAGAAAUGUAUAUUUACAUCGAAUUAAAGAAAUAAAAUCGGUCAAUACGUUUACAAAAUUAUUUUUUGUCUUCUAUUUCCAGCUAGAACUAUAGCCAGUUUCAACCAGUCGUAAAUAAAACACCAUACUAGUAAAAUCUAACUGCUCUUACACCUAAAAUUGUCUUUCAAGUUUUUCUUUAUGAAAGAAACUUGGUUGUCGCUACAAGCCAUACAAAUAUUCUUAUAAUGCACUUCUCAGUAACUAAAAUUCUAGUUAUAAUUGAAUAAAUUCGGAAGACUUCAGAAUAGGGUGGCACUGAAGGCAUUAUAUACAGUUAAAAAAUAAUAAUUGAUUUCCUUCGGAACUGAGCGAAAUUUCGAAGUAAUACUCUCGGAAUCUAAGAAUUGAGAGCAAAAUAAAUUUACACAGAGUGAAGCGCGGCUUUCCGAGGGACGCUGAUAUUUCCUUAUUGCAAUUCUU